AUUACUAAAAUCGAUUUCGCUUAACCCGUUUGCAUUUCCUUCCAAACUGGUAACUGAAUGGAAAAUGUGAUUUACCAAUUUCUAUGAACAGAACCGAACCAGUUACGCAUUUGUUCUUUUCAUAAUACGGCCAAAUCGCAAUCCUCACACUUUCACCUUUAAGCACCAAAAUUUCACAUGAAUUAAAACCCAGGCAAACAUCUCCUUCUCGUUUUGUUGUGCCAAUUGGUCAUGUCUUAUCUCUAUCUUGUGGUCAUCUUAUGGGCAGCUAUGGCGACUCCAACCCGGACGGAAUCGGAGCAGCUGAGUUCGCUGACUCGGGAGCUGCUAAACUCAGCUAGGGAGCCACAGUUCUUCGAGUGGUUGAAGAGGGUCAGGAGGAGAGUACACGAGUACCCAGAGCUAGCUUUUGAAGAGUUCAACACGAGUGAACUGAUAAGAUCGGAGCUUGACUCACUUGGAAUUGAGUACAGGUGGCCGGUGGCCAAGACUGGCAUCGUGGCGUCGGUUGGGUCAGGGGUGGAGCCGUGGUUCGGUCUAAGGGCUGACAUGGAUGCUCUUCCCAUUCAGGAAUUGGUGGAGUGGGAGCAUAAGAGCAAGCACAAGGGAAAGAUGCAUGCUUGUGGCCACGAUGUUCAUACCACAAUGCUACUUGGAGCAGCUAAAUUACUUCAGUACAGAAGACAUAAAUUAAAGGGCACAGUUAAGCUUGUCUUCCAACCUGCAGAAGAGGGUUAUGGUGGCGCAUACCAUAUGUUAAAAGAGGGCGGUUUUCACAAGUUUCAGGGCAUUUUUGGGUUACAUAUUUCACCAGCAAUGCCCACCGGUGAAAUUGGUUCAAGACCAGGUCCUAUUCUAGCUGCUGCUGGGAGGUUUAUAGCCAUUAUUAAAGGAAAAUGUGGAUAUGCUGCAUUGCCUCAACAUACUAGAGAUCCAGUUGUUGCUGCAUCUUCUGCCAUCCUUGCUCUUCAACAGAUAAUUUCUCGAGAGACAGAUCCUCUUGUUGCCAGGGUCAUCUCACUCGGGUUCAUUGAGACGGGCCAAGCACUAAAUGUAAUCCCAGAGACGGUGAGAUUUGGAGGCACUCUUCGGAGCAUGACUACAGAAGGUUUUAUUUACCUUCAGCAAAGAAUCAAAGAGAUCAUAGAAACUCAAGCGGUAGUUCAUCGAUGUAGUGCUACAAUAGAUUUCAUGGAGGAAAAAAUGAGGCCUUAUCCAGCAGUUGUUAAUGAUGAAGUAUUGUAUGAACAUGUAAAGAGGGUUGGGGAGUCUUUGCUUGGAUAACCAAAUGUGCAUUUAGUUCCAGUGGCAAUGGGAGCAGAAGAUUUCAGCUUCUAUUCAGAGAAGAUGGCAGCUGCAUUUUUCAGUAUCGGAACAAAGAAUGAAACGAUUGAAGCGGUGAACCGAUUGCAUUCACCCUACUUGGUUAUUGAUGAAGAUGUUCUUCCCAUUGGAGCUGCUCUCCAUGCUGCGGUAGCCAUCUCUUACUUGGACAACAAUGUUGUUGAAACACAAUAGAAAUCUUCAUCAAUAACCAUAGAUUCAAUUGUUCUGAUGAAAUUCGUAGGGAAAAGGCACACAAGAAACAUCUCAAAUAAUGAGACAGUUGUUGAUUUUGUUCUUUAAGUGUAUGCACAGUGCAAUUGAAUCUGCCACUUUUCAAUAGAAAUCUUGCAUGAUAUACCUCAUCAGGUAUUCCAAAGAAAAUAAAAUGGGAAACGAGGGAGUUUAUGAGGUGAGAGUGGAUUUUUUGGAGAUGAGUUUGAAGUUUGGAGGAUUUCAAGAGGGUUAUGAUGGAAGGAAGAGAAAAAGGUUUGAAGUUCCUUUGAUGAGGUGAAAAUGUUCUCCCAAAUUAUAACUUGUAAAUGUGGAUCAUCCCACCAUUCUAUGUACUUCUCAUACUUCUCUUUUCUUCUAUAACUUUGUUUAAUAAUUAAUUUACUUAAGAUUAAAAUUA